AUGUGCAACACAUAUACAAUAAUAUUAAGUUGCAUCCACAAACAAACCUAUACACAUCGUUGCGCCUUAUAUCUUGGCAACCCACGACGAAAGUGCGUGAAAGCCCCCCCGACUAUUGCUCAUUACCUUGCGGACUGUCGAAAGUGUCGAGGUCAGGAUAAAGAUAAUUUUGUGGUGGUCUGGGUGGAAAAGAACAUCGACGCUAGUGCAUUCGACGAAGAAGGGAAUAGAAACUACAUGUUGGGUAUAGGUGGGUUUGAUAUUGUGGCGAAUGGAGACAAGAGGGGUAGAGAGAAAGGUGUUAGAGUAUAUCAGGACGGAACGGAAGAGGCACGACGCGAGAAGAAAGGGGUGAGGACCGGGUCUCCCUAUGUUUCCGCCACCGAUAUGGUCAAGUUCGACGCAGAAGUCGAAGACGACAUAUAUAGCCAGACCAGCGAGAGCGUAAAAGACGCCAGUCCUGACACUCCCAGAACCGAAAGUCUUCCGCUAAAACUUAAAUCCAAAAAGCCUAGUGUAUUUGGAAGUUUGCGGAAGAUGAUCGUCCGACCUAAAAGCGAGCCGGACACGACUGCAACAGGUGAGCAUAAACCUCCUAUGCAUGGUAAGGUCAAACAAGGACUCGAUCGAUUUAAUACAACCGCAGGCGGUUCUCGAGCGAGUAAGAAGACUGAAGGUUCAGGACAACAUAAUUCUCGGUCUGGAUCGUCAGAUGAACGAAGGGUCGAUGAUGCCACUGGAUAUGAAUAUCUUACACCCAAAGAAUUUCUAGACCUUCAUUUUAACGGCGUGGUUGCUGGUGCUGGUACUAGUAUUUCACAAGCAACAAUAUCAAAUGCAACAUCGGCGCCAAUCGAUAUACCCCAAAGAAGUCGACCUAAAGCAUCACAGGAGUGGACUGCCCAGAGACAUGCUGCAGAAUAUAUGACUGAAAUUGGUGGGAGCCCCUUCACAGAUAAAUCUGCAAUUGUGGACCCAUUUACUGAUGGUUAUGAAAUUCCUGAUUUCACAAAUAGUUACCAAGGAAUGUCAUCAGAGCGAUGGAGUAAUGAUACAAACUCGAACAGGCCGGGAAGGAUAAGCCAGGACACGGAGUUUUCGCAGUUUGACGAGGACCAAACGGAUAUUAUUAGCCAGGCGAAAUAUGGUGAAACAAUCAAUAUAACGCCGCAAAAUAUCGACAAUGUACUUGCGGUUUGGAAAGGAAGUUUGGGAACGUCAUCUUCGUCGUCGCAUAUUCGUGUACCUUCUCGACAUCGCGCUUUGGAUCAUCCGGUCCAUUCUCAAAGCAUUGAUGCAUUACCGAUACCUUUUCGAUCCCAAGGAUUAAAUGUUGCCGAUCAUAGCACAAGUUUACCAAAUCAUCGCGGUGUCGAAGAGGUACUUGCAAGAGAUCAAUGGGUGCAACGAAAUAUUUCAGAGAAAGUUUCCUCAGUACCUUCUGCUGCUUUGCAACAUGCCAUUGAUUUCGUCGAGCCUAGAAACUAUAGAGAUACACCAAAGAGGAAUAACACGACUAAAGAACCAUCUAGAGGUUUUGCUUUACCUAAAAGGAGUAAUACAGGAGCUAUACCACAUCCUCGACAUCCCCUAGCUAACGAAAUAACUCGAAGCAACACUAUCACUGAAAAAUCUCAGACACAGACAAAAACCCAAGUCGCAUUUCCAGCUAUUUCAGAGAAUCUACAAGAAACUAUCCCUGGUACUAGAUACUCUUCUUUACCCAUAUCACCUACUAUUUCCCCAUCUCUAAGGGUAAAAAAUAAUGAACAAGGUCCGCAAUCACCUCGACUCUGGAAUAGAAAAGAUAUUCCGGUAUCAAAACCCGAACCGAGCAGCAAUUUAUCGCUGCAAGGUCGAGUAGCUCCAGUUAGUGAUAGAUCAUCUACCGUAACAACUUUCUCGCAAUUUAUACCUCCGCGUAACGGGGAGCUUGAGGAGGAAACUAACAUGGAUGGUUUUCCUGCGAAAUCAUAUACCAAGUUACCUCGAUAUCGAGUGGGUGCUUCGAAUACGCAGAUUCGUACGAGGGGGGAUGUGGCAGCUAUUCCUAAAGUCCCAGAAAUACCAAAUUCUUACGUAAAUCAUACGACUGUUCUUCCGAAAAUCGGUAGAGAUGCCACGGGGAGGUUUUUUGUGGAAUAUAUUGAAAGAGGACAGUCUGGAGAUGCAGUAUCGAGUUUGGAUAUGGGAGUGUCGGGAGAAGUGUCAAAAGAAGUGAAUACAGAAGAAUCGAAAGAUAUUUACGCGAAUCAUACGAUAGGUACUUGGGAUGCGGUUUUGAGGAAUGGGAUGGGUGAUUCGGAAUCUUUACAAUAUCCUCUUUUAUCUCAUACCUCACCUGUACCUCGGCCACCUGCGCACAUACCGAAUUUCCAACUUCAAUCUCAACCACCUUCUCAGAUCAAAAUCAUCCCACAGGAAAUAUCCACGAACAAAAAAUAUCCAUUCCCAUCUCCAUCUCUCUCCACAUCUCUAUCUCUAUCCCCAAUCGAUCCAACAAUCCCUAUAACCCUACCCCUGCAAAUCCGUAGAAAGAAGAAACCGCUGGUUUUGGUGAGGGAUGUGGGAGGUAAUGGGAAUGAAAUUAAUGUUAAGAAUAAAAUUGAGAAUGAGAAUGAGAUGUGCAGGAGACAGGGAUGGAGAGAGGGAAAGGAAAAGGGAAAGGGGAUGGAGAAGGGGAUGGAGAAGAUAGAGAGGGGGUUAGAGGAGGAAUUGAGGAGGGCGGAUGAGAGGUUGAGGGGGGUGAGGGAUGGGAGGGGAAAUGAGGAAUACAGGGAAGAAGAAUUUAAGCGUAGAGUGUAG